AGACCGCUAUUCUCAGACCCCCAGAGUCGAACAACUGUGGCCUUAUAAAAAAGGACUGAACGCAGCGACGGCGCACAUUUCAAGUGGAAAGACCGAAUGAACUGCACGCGCAUUUGGAUGUAAGCUUUCUGUCCCGGGAGAAAGAAACAAAAACACGCCACUUGCUCUGUGGGGCGACUGCAGACCGCCGUCCUCGAAGGUUCUCAAAGUGACACGUUUUCAGGCCGUCUGGAGUGACGCGCGUCAGCCGCACCGGGACGACGACGCCAUGAAGGCGACGGCCCUGCUCAUCGUUUGCUCCUGUCUGAUUUCGGGGAGUUUCGGGAAGCCGCAAUUCCCUGAACAAGAGAAGGAACCCAAGUUUUGGAACACGUGGGCCCAGCGGACCCUGAAGAACGCUCUGACGCUGGAAACUCUCAACAGAAACACUGCGAAGAAUCUCAUCCUCUUCCUCGGAGAUGGGAUGGGCGUUCCCACGGUGACAGCUGCUCGGAUACUGAAGGGUCAGCUGAACGGACAGAGUGGAGAGGAGACGCAGCUGGAGAUGGACAAGUUCCCCUUCGUGUCAUUGGCCAAGACGUACAACACUAACGCGCAGGUGCCAGACAGCGCCGGCACCGCCACAGCUUACCUCUGCGGGGUCAAGGCCAACGAGGGCACGGUGGGCGUGAGCGCGGCCGCGGUCCGAUCCCAAUGUAACACCACGGAGGGCAAUGAGGUCACGUCCAUCCUCAAAUGGGCUAAGGAAGCAGGCAAGUCGGUGGGCAUCGUCACGACGACCCGAGUCAACCACGCGACUCCCAGUGCUUCUUACGCCCACAGCGUGGACAGAGACUGGUACUCCGACAACGAGAUGCCCGCUGACGCCCUGAAGGACGGCUGCAAGGACAUCGCCAGGCAACUCUUUGAAAACAUUCCCAACAUUGAUGUGGUUAUGGGCGGGGGGAGGAAGUACAUGUUCCCCAAAAACACGUCGGACGUAGAGUACCCCGGCGUUGCAAAGCACAGUGGCACACGAAAAGACGGAAGAAACCUGGUGCAGGAGUGGAUUGACAAAAUGAGGAAUAAAAGAGGUCAUUAUGUAUGGAACAAGAAGCAGCUCUUAUCACUGAACCCCACCAGCGUAGAUUACUUAUUGGGUCUCUUUGAACCUGCGGAUUUGCCGUACAACUUGGAGAGGAACACGGAGACGGAUCCCUCGCUGACGGAGAUGGUUGAGGUUGCCAUCAAGAUCCUGAGGAAGAACCCAAAAGGAUUUUACCUGCUUGUCGAAGGAGGACGUAUUGAUCACGGACACCACGAGGGCAAGGCCAAGCAGGCUCUUCAUGAAACUGUGGAAAUGGACAGAGCCAUCGGUCAGGCAAGCCUCAUGACCAGCAUCCACGACACAAUGACAAUAGUCACCGCUGAUCAUUCUCACGUGUUCAACUUCGGGGGCUACACGGUCAGAGGAAACACAAUAUUUGGUCUGGCCCCAAUGAUGAGUGACGUUGACCAGAAGCCCUUCACCUCCAUCAUUUACGGGAACGGACCAGGUUACAAACUGGUUAACGGCGGGAGGGAGAACGUCUCCACCGUCGACUACCAGGACAGCAACUACCAGGCCCAGGCAGCCGUACCUCUGAGCAUGGAGACUCACGGAGGAGAAGAUGUGGCUGUGUUUGCUAAAGGUCCCCUGGCUCACCUGCUGCAUGGGGUCCACGAGCAGAACUACAUCCCCCACGUGAUGGCGUAUGCAGCCUGCAUCGGCCAGAACAGGGAACACUGUUUCACAAGCAGCGGGUCUGCCGUCUUACGCCCCGUCCUCUCCAGCAUGGCAACCCUUCUCACAGUCACCCGAAUUCUGUGCUGACCUCCCUCUGGUAGUCCUCAACCUGUUAAUAACCCCGUUUUAAACACUUAUACGUUUUUAAGAUUUCAAUUAGUUUUGUUUUUUAUUCUUCUAAUUUUACUCUACGCUUUUUUUUUGAUCAUAGGACCACUGUUUCUGAUUUUUUUUUUAAUGAAAAUGAAUUGAGUAAAGCAUAGGGAUAUCACCUUUUUAGGGCAGUUUAGGCAAAUGUGUAAAAUGUUACAGAAUAAUUGAUCCCCCUUGAUACACUGAAAUGAAACGUGGUGUUGCAGAGAUCGCCACAGAAUCGGAGAACUCAGUCGUGAUUUGUCUAUCGAAUAGUUAGUUUUUUGUUCAGGGUUUCAGGACCCACUGCGUCUCCUUGUAAAAUGUAAACCCUUUAGGUUAGAUUGAAUUUGCAAAUUGUUUGAAUAUGUUUCAUAUUUUAAAUGUGCAACAUAAUCUACCUCAUAAGCUUGCAAAAGAUCUCUCAUGUAAUUAUAGUGCGUUCAGAAGGGCACAUUUCGAUGGACAAAAUUCGUGCCUGAACCAGAGGGAACUGAAGGUAUAAUUGGGGAAAAAAAAAAAAAAAGAGUAAAAGGAAUAUAUUUCUUGUCAUACACCUUGUGCAUACACAGAAGAAGCCCACCUACCGUUGUUGUUUCCAAUAACAGAAGUUGUAAAACCUCUUAACCAAUAAAAUAAACGUGUUCUGAC